GUGAAGUUUGAAGUCCAUCCAAAUAAUACGCUACAUUACCUUGUAGUUGUAAGCAGUCCUCAGUAAUAAGGAUAAGAGGUCUACGACCUAUACUUUUCACGUUCAUUAUCUUUCGUUAAGUUGAUGUAAAGCAUCUGAUUAAUUUUAAUCUAUUCUUUCUAGCAAUGAAGGGUUCUCAAACUUUAAUUGAGUUAUCCGAGAUGAGUCUCAUCAUACCGAAGCUGGAGACGGAUUGUGACGAAAUCUCAAGUUGUGAAUAAAAAUAAAGCUUGUGUUGGAUUUUUAUGGGCUAUUGUCCGCUCAUCUUAUAGAUCAACCAAUCUGAGAAUACUCUCUUAAACCACACCCUCAAGAUAUUGUUGGCUGUAUGCAAAACUUGACAUUUCCAGUAUAGGAAAGAUAGUAGGCUAAAUGGCUUGUGUUAUUCCUAGCAAAAGUGGUCUCUCAAGUGGCCAAGCUCUUAAUUGCAUCUAUAUGUGAAGCCUUUACCUUAUUUUCAGUCAGUCAGUUCCACUGGUUGGUAAUUUAGCAAGAGAUCCGAUAUUCAACUGAUAAGUAAUUGUUCCUGAGCUUGUGAACUUUUUUGGGGUGUCCUCACAAAUCUCCAUUUCUGGAGGAUAAAAAUGAUGCGUUUGUUUCAAGUGCAUACUGAUAUUAUUAUGUAGUUCCCAAAGUAUUUAUGUCACCUCUAGUCCUUUUGUAUAACAUAGGUAAUAGUUUCUGUUUAUCUAGUCACUCGUCUUACGUCGACUUUGGGCUUUCAAACCUAAACUUAGUUGCGAUGUUUUGAACAUUUCCCGACAGUUCCCCAUUCUUUUUUUGUCCAGGUGCUGAUCGGUUGUAGGAAGUAUUUUAGUUCAGGUCAAACGAACACCACCAAGUCGUCUUAAUAUCUCCAUGGCUAAAAAUUGUACGCAUUAGUCAAAAGGUUCUAGUACUAUUAGCAGCUAUUCCACAGAGAUGUCUAUUAGUUUUCAAGUCUUGUUUAACAAUGACUCCCUGAUCACUGUGAGAACUAAUUGUAGUUCAACACUUCACUGUGUAUGUAUCUACACCUAAGUGACCAACUUGAAUCGUGAUGGACUUAUUUAACAGUGAACAAGUUCUAGACCAUCCAGAUAAUUUAUGUGGGUCUUUCCAAAUCUCUGAACUAUCUUAUUCAUUUAUCUCCUUAUCUUGAUUUCAUCAAUGUGUAACAGGACCGAUGAUGGCAAGAGACUAGGAAGGUCAUUUACAUUUAGCCCUAAAACUGACAUUAGGCACUCCCUUCAGGAUUGUGACUGUCGUAACCAAUGGUUGGAGACUCUUGUUGACACGGCUCCGAAUCGAUCACAAUGGCGUCGGUGUGUACUCUUUCUAUCUUCCCUUAAACUAUCAGAUUAAAAUUAUUUCAUAUCUUUCUUUCUACGAACUAAUUCUUCCUGUAUUAUAUCAUUAUAUGCAAUAUUUAUUUUAUAUAUUGCUACCAUUGAAAAAACUACUUCUAUGAAUUCGGUGCCAAUUUUGUUGUGCUAAUGAUGUGUGUCAACUUGGACCACUGCAUACAUGUGUCUGGUCCUAAGUUGUAACUAACUUACUGAAAGGCUUUGCAGUGAAGUAUAGUAGUUUGAGAAAACUUAGUAAGUCACGGUAAAACAAAGAUUAAGAAAAUUCGAGUUGAGGUACUAUAUUGAAGUACUGCUUGUACAAUAAUGUUAAUUUUAUGGAGAAUUUUUGUCAUGAACAGUGAUAGACAUUUCUUACCUGUCAUAGCUUCUAAUGUGUUGCUAUUUUGUUGUAGAUGUCGAGUGUUGUAUCUUACAUUAAAGCUUUAUUAAUCAACGGGACAACUUAGGUUAAAUACAAUAGUUAUAAAAAAGUUAAGAAAGGAUUGUUGAAGUAAUUCAGUGUGUCAAAAAGCUGUUAGUUUUUACGACAUUAUUCAUUGACUCUCUACUUUAGUUGCUGCCUUGAUAUUCAGGACUGUCUAGAUUGACAGCCUAAUCAAGUUACAUUGGUUGAAACACUUAUUCUUUUGGGUUCUACCGUACAGGCAGAUUGGUUAGAUAGUGGUAAAAACAAAAGUAGCAAAUCUUAAGUCUGCGCGAAAAGUUUUACUGACUUGUAAUGACAGUCAGGCGAUUCACACGGAUAACUAACAGAUCCGAUGAUGCUGCCUUCCCAAAACGAAGGAAAUCUGACCCUAAAAAUACCACAACUCACCUUGCCCCAUGGAUGUUUAGUUUGGGCAGUAAGGCCCAGAAAAAGUACUGAGCGAGUGCAUAGACAGUUGCUCACAAAAAUCCUGUGUGGUUAGGGUUAAUCAGGUGUCUCUUCGGAUUUCCAUUCACACUUCCAAUUAGUCAAAACCACUAUUGAACCAGUUUCCUUUUCAGGUUUCUCAAAAAAUAUUUCGUAAUGUAGACAGACGAGAAGGGAAGACUACCAGCAUACCUCUAAUACAACUUUAGCUCAUCCAACGAUACUCUAACACGCUUAUUUUCGUUUUAAUUGGCAUAUUUAUAUACAUACUUCUACUAUGUACUCUGUCUGCUCUCUUACAUUUAUCAUGUUUUAUCGUUUAUUUUUUAUUUAUUUGAACACAUACAUAUUGGUACAAGAGUGCGCCAAAUAUAUAUGCGCCACACAAAACAAUGAGAAUUUAAAGAGAAGUAAAAAGAAAAAAGCUCUGAAGAUGAAUCCAAGCCUUAUAAAAGAGAGGGAAGCGUUUUUGAAGAGAGCCAUGACAAUUCCUGUUGUUGAGAAACCAAAGUCUAAUUUUUCUGGUACUUCAGAGGAAAAAGGUGCUAUGACUUCUGUACACCGCCGUGGACCUCCUUCAGUUUCUACUGUUUCGGAAUUGCGAUCUCUCGAAUUAAAACCUCAAUUGCAAGGGAAGUUUGCUGUUUUAUCUCGAAUAGUAAAGUACAUGAAGCAACGCCAUUUAGAAGGCGAUACUCAUCCAUUAUCUGUAGAAGAAAUUUUGGAAGAAGCUGUACUUCAUGACACACCACCUGCUACCGUAAAAUGGCUGGAGGAAGAAGCUCUACCGAAUAAUCCCAAAAUUCGUGUUACUACGGAUGCAAAGUUCGUAUUUAAACCGAGAUAUGAUAUUCGUACCCGUAAGGAUCUUUACCAACUUCUCCGUCGUCAGGAGUUGAAGGGUUUGGGGGGAAUUUAUCUAGAUGAUUUGACUGAAUCUGUUCCUGAUGUUGAAAAAAUUCUCAAUAGUUUUGGUGACCAUGUGAUUCGCAUUGUCACACCACACGAUAAGAAAACCAUUUUGUUUUACAACGACAAAUCUUUCGAUUUGAAUGUAGAUGAAGAAUUUAAGCAACAAUGGCGAUCGGUGAGUGUGGAGGGUGUUCAUGAAACAAAAAUUGAGGAGUAUUUAAAGCGUAAUGGAAUCUCCUCAAUGUCUGGUGAUCGUAAAAAUUUCUUACCUGUACAAAGAAAGAAACCAGGACAAAAACGUACCAUGAAUCGUCCAGUUCAUAUUAAAGACAAUGAACAUGUGAACGGAAUUUUAGAAGACUUUUCUGAGAAAUUAGCCAAAACUUCUUGA